AUGAGCAGGAGAUACAACAGGGGAGGCCUCUCUGAGGCCUCUGGGGGCACCUGGGAAGAGGAGAGGCCCCGCGGACGCGAUGUAGCAUUGAGGGACGGCGCGAGACGCACGGUGUUGGUGAUGGGCCCUGGGGCCCGCAGGGGGGCCCACAUGGGCUCGCCGGGGGCGGUAGAGACAUCCCCAGGAUUUCAGGAGAGGCCGCAUGGGAACUCCCCGGUGUUGACGGCCCGGCAGGGCCCCCCCCCUCCCACCGAUUCAGGGGCCCCUGGGGCCUCCGGGGGCCCUGGGGGCCCUGGGAGCACGAGAAAGCUUCCUUUCAUGGCACUUAGCGACAUCAUACGGCAGCAAAACAUCAAAGGAAAAGUGAGUCUGGUGUGA